AUGUCUGAAAACGUCUUGGUCGACCGAACGAAUGCGUGAGUGACUUAACAAGACGCGGUGUGCCCAAAUAGCCCCACACAUACCGACCGCUCGCCGCCAUCGCCCUCGCCGACGCGGGUUCACUCAACUAUAAGCGGUCGAUCGGCCCGUGUCGGGCCUCCUGAAAGAGCAUACACCCACGCUGACCGCCCCGCAUUUUCCUCUUGACCUAUCGCCCAAACAGUGCCCUGAACCUCCUCAACGAACAUGCCUUCAAAGCCCACGAACUCAAGGCGUCGGUCGUGCUGCGAUCGUCGACCCAACGAGAUGCCACGUCCUUGCUCGACGCGACCAACCUCACGGGUUACGGCGACGACGACCUCGGCCUCGUUAUGGACCCCGACGACAAGCUCAGUGCGGUCAGAGACCUCAAGGCGUUCAAGGUAAAGCGCACCGAUCUACGCCGCGCAUUGUGGGAUGGUAUACCAGUCAUGCUGGGGAACUGACCGCCAUGACUAUUCGCCCACGCGCAGGAUUCCGUUUCGGCGCUCAAAUUCGCUUGCCUCGAAUCAAACACCAAGGUCUUCUUCGUCGAGAACGUGCUCGACCCCCAGGGACCCAAAUUUGUCUCGCUCGAAGAGAACGAUGCGCUGGGUAAGCAAAGUCCUUCACGCUCAAUGUUUUCCGAGCAUCGAUGUUUUCAAGCCGCUAUUCACCAGAACUGGACUACCAGGUCCGCUGAUAGCUGCAUUCCAAUGCUGAGUUUUAAAUCUUGAACCUGACAGAGCAACAAAGGCUUCAAUCCAAAAUUGAGCUCAAACAAAGAAAGACGCGAGCGAUUGAAUUGGAGGAACAGAUUCGUUCCGAAGCGGACGUAUUGGACGGUCGUCAGUCUGAUCGGGCUUGCGCCGCUCGAUGAAUGCAUUCUUCUCAAGGUGGGUGGAGCUGACACCGUGAUCGUCGCUCAAUAUCGUAUACAGGUCUUCGCCAGACGGAAGAGGACGCGAUGGUCGCGUCCAAGCUGUUGCGAGAAUGUGAAGAGAUGGAGCGAGAGAUCGCUUUCCUAAAAAACAAACGAUCCGAAGCCGACGUAAGUGAAUCGGUCCCCUUGCGUGGGAAAUUGAAUUGUUGUGAACUGUCCAAAAUUACUCUCAGCGCAUCACGAUCGACGAAGCCUUUGCCCAGUUGGAGGCUCACGACGGCGAGAUCGUGGAGAUUGGAACCAAGAUCAGGGACGCCGAGGCGAAACUGCCGCGGACAAAGUCCGCGAUCAAGACGGCGAAAGGGAAACUGGACCAGUUGAAGAUGGUGAACCGAGAGAUGAGCAAGGAGUUGGAGGAGAGGCAAGCCAAAGGGACUCGAGACGAAAGGGCCGAGGAAGGAUGCCGAUGGUGAGUCAGCACGUUCGACCAGGCCCACGACAUCCCACCAGCGCGCUGAACGGUCCACCAUCUGCAGGAUCACAAACACCACUGCGCUCUACUCCUCCUUGAUGGGGAUUCGAUCAGCCUACUCCGUCGGUGCACCGCCAACAGAGAUGAUUCUCGAACUCGAAACGACGGAAGGCGAUGUCCGGGCCCUUAAGAUCGAAUAUGGCCCAGACGGUCGGAUGCGAGGCGCGUCGCUGGUCGAUUCGUCGGAUGACAUCGAAGAUCUGGUCGAAGCGCGCCUGCAUAGUCAAGACGUGCGAUCCCUCGUGCAGGAUGUCCGAGCAAGGAUUUUGAGGUAA